UAAAACGUCCGGAGACAAACCAUCUCUCUCCCUCCACUUGUCUCGCAUCACUGGUGCAGUAUAAGCAAUCUUUUCGAAAAAAUAAGAUCGGAAGCAGGAAAAAAAAAUUUCAAAUAUUCUCCUUAAGCCGACCUAAUGGACCCGACCCGUUGCAGCCGAACCCUAGAGAGAGAGAGAUCGAGACGCUCUCUCGAUUUCCAAUUCGUGCCCCUCUCUCUCUCUCUCUCUCUCUCUCUCUCUCUCUCGUUUCAGGGUCAACACGAGUAUCUUUUACUUUGAUGCUUCAGCCGUCCCUUUUGUGAGAUCUGGUUAAGCAGAGGGUUUUCCCGCAUAGAUCCAUCGGUGGCUUGUUACUUGGGCGCAAAAAGGCUUCGUUUUGGGACCUGGGUCUGUGUCGAUUGGAUCCUGUUGUCUCGCUUUUGUUAACUCGCAAGUGAUGUCGUCGUCGAUCAAGAGCGAGUCGAUUCAAAUUCGCGACGUGUGGGAGUAUAAUCUCGAGGAGGAAUUCGAACGAAUCCGCGAGAUCGUCGAUGAUUAUCCGUAUGUAGCGAUGGAUACGGAGUUUCCGGGUAUCGUCGUGCGGCCCGUGGGCAACUUCAAGAACUCGAGCGAGUUUCACUACCAGACUUUGAAGGAAAAUGUGGAUAUAUUGAAGCUGAUCCAAUUGGGCCUCACUUUUUCUGAUGAGAGAGGGAACUUGCCGACUUGCGGAUCAGAUAAGUACUGCAUUUGGCAGUUCAAUUUCCGCGAGUUCAAUGCGAAUGAGGAUUUCUUUGCGAACGAUUCGAUCGAGCUUUUGAAACAGAGUGGGAUCGAUUUCAAGAAGAAUACCGAGAGGGGCAUCGAUGCUGUGCUAUUUGGGGAGUUGCUGAUGUCUUCUGGGAUUGUGCUGAACGAUAAUGUUUAUUGGGUAACCUUCCACAGCGGGUACGAUUUCGGGUAUCUGCUCAAGCUGUUGACUUGCCAAUCCCUGCCAGACACUCAAGCGGGGUUCUUCAAUUUGAUCCAUAUGUAUUUCCCGACAUUGUACGAUAUCAAGCAUCUCAUGAAGUUCUGCAACAGUCUGCACGGAGGUCUCAACAAGCUUGCCGAGUUGUUGGAAGUCGAGAGAGUUGGGAUAUGUCACCAGGCAGGUUCGGAUAGUCUGCUGACAUCUUGUACUUUCAGGAAAUUGAAAGAAAACUUCUUCAGUGGAUCACUGGAGAAGUAUUCUGGUGUGUUGUAUGGUUUAUGUGUCGAGAAAGUGUACUCAGUGAAUGUAGGGAAUGAACUUGAAAUUUGAAAAACGUGUACCAGUUAAAAAAAGUGAAAAAAUGAAUGAAUAGUUUUUGUAGGACUGUAUGGUUGUGCCGCA